GGAUUAUCAUUUUUUGAUUGGUAUGACAUGUCGGAUGAGUUAAAUAAGUUGGUCUGGCUUGGCUGAGGAAACGUCUGCAAUGCUUUUGCACAUAAUGGCAAAAACUUGAAACAACGUCAGCAAGCUAGCACAUGCCAUGCUUCGUUUUGACUCAUCAAGCUUGAUUGCCGCUUGGUCGCCAAACCAUAUGACCAUAAACUUCUUGACAUUUCUAUCAAGCUUGUCGGAACGCUAACUGAAGCUUAGAAGCUUCAUUACCAUAUUAACCCCUGCCAAAAAGUCUGUUUUCAUGUUACGCUUCGUGUCACGCAUAUUUUAUCCUUGUACAACAAAAAAUGCACUGUCUCAUAAUGGCGGUUAGACAAUCAAUAACCGAGUCACGCGACCUAAUUAUUCUCCAAGUCUACAUCGCUUAAUCUAUAUAAUUAUGUAGGACUCUUUUCCUUGACCUCUUCCCCUACACCAGUACAAAAACGUUGCAUUUUCUUUAACAUAAUUUGAUCUUCCAGCCAUCUACCAGCCGCUCAAGCUUAUUUUGCGCUUUUUCCUUGUGUACUGUGUACUGCGAAGCCCGUAUCCGGUCGAAUGUACCGUAAAAUUUGCUCAUUUUCUUUAGUUUUUAAUCUCCAGGCUACGACCUUACACUACUGGUAUUAAAUUCUCGGUUGACUCGCUCACAUAACGACUAUCCUUGUAGACCAUUACCAUCGUAAAGUCACAUUUAGUUGCGUAGAAGUAUAGACACAUGGCGGUUACGCACCUGCAUUGCAUUUUGCCUGAACAGCCGACACCAUAGUCGCCAUGCUUUUUGGCCGUACAACACUUUUCGAGGAACCGUCAAAUGAUAUCCUUAGUGUUGUAGAAUGUUGUUGAUGUUUUUUGCUGCUUUGUAUUUUCAUGAAAAUGCCUCGUUGUCAGCCGAAUCAUAUUCGUUCAGCACACAUCGUUCCUCAGCGGCAAGUUUCACCCGCUGGGGCCGACCCAAACAACAUCUUCAAGUUUGAUUACCACAGCACAAGUAAGCAAGUUAUCUACCUUGAAAUCAAUUAUAUCAAAAUUUCGUCAAUCGUCCCUUGUAUCGCAAUUUUUUUCAUUUGAGUCGGAUUAUUGUCUCGCACUCCCAUGUGUCAUGCAAAAGUUAUACCGUUAUGGCGGUGUGUAAAUUCUGAUCUGGGUGCCGAACCAGAUUCGAUACAUCUUCGGCUUCUCCCAUCGAGAAAUUCUUAUGUGAUGCUUCAAUUACGAAACUUGCCAUUGUAUAGCGUUCCUUUCUGAAUUCCUCUGCGCAUUCGACGAUUUCCUUUUUCUCGUCAUCCGAAACCACAAGAGCUCUUCCUGAGCCACAGCAUCGUCCAAACGUCUUGAUUAUAUCAAUAUUUGUUUGACGCGAAGCGUUCAAUAUACUUGAUAUGCUGCACGACAACAGAACCUCUCAAUCUGAAAUGUAGCGGUUUA